CCAAAGAACCUGCAACAAAAAAAAAAAAAAAAAAAAAAACCCAAAAAUCCCAACAACAAACAACCAAACACGGCCUUAACCGAAAAACCCCCCCAAAUGUAUGACACAUUGAAGAACUCCUACCAACUCUUCGAAGAAAUCGGCCGCGGCCGGUUCGGCACCAUCGUCCGAGCCUUCUCGCCCGACUCGGCCGAGUUCGUCGCCUGCAAGAUCAUCGACAAAUCGGCCCUUACCGACGAAACCGACCGCGCCUGCCUCGAGAACGAGCCCAAGAUAAUGACCCUUUUGUCCCCGCACCCCAACAUUCUCAAACUCUUCAACGUCUUCGAGACCGAGGACUCGCUCGCCAUGGUGCUCGAGCUCUGCGAGCCCGCCACGCUCUACGACCGCGUCGUGCAGCGCAUGCUCUCGGAGCCCGAGGCCGCAGCGAUCAUGAAGCAGCUGCUCGAGGCCGUCUCGCAUUGCCACCGCCUCGGGGUGGUUCAUAGGGAUUUGAAGCCGGAGAAUGUUUUGUUCGACUCGAGAAACAAUUUGAAGCUCGCGGAUUUCGGGUCGGCGGAGUGGACCGGCGACGGAGGCGCCAUGGAGGGCGUUGUCGGGACGCCGUACUACGUCGCGCCGGAGGUGCUGAUGGGCAGGGAGUAUAAUGAAAAGAUCGACGUCUGGAGCGCCGGCGUGAUGAUGUACAUAAUGCUCGGCGGGAUUCCUCCGUUUUACGGAGAGUCGGCGACGGAGAUCUUCGAGGCGGUUUUGAGAGGGAAUUUGAGAUUUCCGCCGAAGGCUUUCCGAUCUGUAUCGCCUGCGGCGAAGGAUCUGUUGAGGAAGAUGAUCUGCAGAGACGCUUCCAGAAGACUCUCUGCUGACCAGGCACUUAGGCACCCAUGGAUCUUAAGUGGUGGAGAAGCAAAUCCAAUUGACCAAAUCUGACUUUUGGGUCAGCUGACUCAGAUCAAUCAACCAAAUCCAAGUACAUAAAUCGCCAAACCCCAGUCAUCCAAUCUAUGUGAAUAAGAAGCAGUCCCACUUUCCUCUCUAAAAAAACAGAAAUCCUGCCCUCAAUGGAUCCCAAAAACCCCUAAUCCUCUCAAGAGAUAUUAGCUAGGAAGCAGAAGCGGAAGCAGAAACACUUGCAUGGAACGGGUUCACCGUUAAGCAGAAGAUGAGAUGAUCAAUUAGUCUACGUAACGAGUUUUACCAAAGUAAGAAAAAGCCUGCACAUGAUGCUCUGCAGGCAGUUUUUUUUUUUUUUUUUUCAUUUUUUAGGGAAAAAAAAGGAAGAACAAAAAAAAGUGGAAAGAGAAUCUUGAGAAUGUAGAUAGAAGUGGGGUUUAUGGGGAUCCUUUGUCUUUCCCCGCCUUCUCUUGUUUGUUUUAGGAGAGAGAUUCGGAAGUGAGAAAGCAAACUAGUCCCAUAUCCUUUGUGUACGAAUCUGCGAUAUCUGAGUGUUCAACUCGGAAUCUGAGUACUUUUUCCCGAUGGUGGAAUAAGUUCGUGUGUGUUGUGUUUGUAAGUGUGUUGCCGUAUACAGCCGGCCGGAUGUAAGAAUUUUCUCUUAUAGUAUAUGCCCUUAAAUAUUUAUGUGCA